GGAAACGAGACCUUCAAAGUAAUCGGCCGUUUCCUCCUCCCGGUACCGGGACCUGUCCAGCAGCUCGCUUGCUUAUGUGCUUACUAUGAUUUAUUUACACAUGUUGGGUCUAACCGAAUCCGAACCUGGCCCGGAAACGCUGCCGCUCGCGGUUCAUUGCUGCUGAUUUUGAUGGUUUGACCGGAAACAGCUUGUUCCGGUGAGCAGCUUGACGGUGGUCCAGAGAAAGACGAGAGGAUGUGACUGAACCACCCCGAAAUCGACGCUGUUUGUGCGGGUUUCUUCUGGGCUUUUUACCGUUCGGAUGGAGCUCGGUGGGACCUGAGAGCCCCGGAGAUGAUCCACCGACAGCUCCUCCUAUGCCAGGUUUUUCUCUGCUUUGGGUUCUCUGGUCAUUAUGCUGAUGCAGCUCUGUAGUAUUAAGAACUUGUACCAGAACCGGCUCCUGAGCCUGGCUGCUAUGGCCUCCCCGACCCGUACUGGCCAGUCUCGCCAGCGUUGCAAGGAUGCAGCGCGUCACAGCUUCAGCCCUGAGACCUACGCUGUCAACGGUCUGAACCAGGAUGCCUUCAUGCUGGGAUUAGCGCGCUCCACUAGCGACACCGACCUGGUCUCCCCAGAUGCUCGCUCCACGCUCACGGUCAGCUCCGCCCACUACACCAUCGGCCAGCCUGAAGACCUGGUCAUCACGUGGGACAUCAAGGAGGAGGUGGAUGCUGGAGACUGGAUUGGAAUGUAUCUCAUUGAUGAGGAUUUGUCUGAAAACUUUUUGGACUACAAGAACCGAGGCAUCAGUGGAUCUCAUAAAGGGCAGAUCUUUUGGAAAAUAGAUUCUGGAUCCCACUUCAGUAAAUCUGAGACCCAGGUGUGCUUCAGGUAUUACCACGGUGUCACUGGAGUUCUGAGAGCCACUACUCCCAGUGUGACCAUCAAGAAGGGCUGUGCAGCGGCACUGAAGCCAGUGGUGAGCUCAGAGGUAAACCAUGCACUCGGCAACAGGAGGCUCAUUAACUUCUCCCUGGCAGACCUGCAGGCUGUUGGACUGAAGAAGGGAAUGUUCUUCAAUCCUGAUCCAUAUCUGAAACUCUCCAUCCAGCCAGGGAAACACAGCAUCUUCCCUUCGCUGCCGCACCACGGCCAGGAAAAACGCUCCAGGGUGGUGUGUAACACAGUCAAUCCUCAGUGGGGCACUGAGAGGUUUAACUUUGUGUCUUUGCCCACCGACGUUCUGGAGAUUGAGGUGAAGGACAAGUUUGCCAAGAGUCGGCCCAUCAUCAAGCGUUUCCUGGGAAAGCUGUCUGUUCCUGUUCAAAGACUGCUAGAAAAACAUGCCAUUGGAAAUCGGGUUGUGAGUUAUUCUCUGGGUCGCAGGUUACCAACAGAUCAUGUUUGUGGCCAGCUGCUGUUCUGCUUUGAGUUGACCUCUUCUAUUCACCCAGAUGAUGAGGAGGUUUCUCUUGUCAUGGAGCCUCCCUGCCCUGUAGAAGGGAAUCUAGUAGAAGUCAACCAUGUUGUUGCUGCACCUGACGAUGAUACACUGAGCAUGGGCCCCGACAUGCCUGACCUCCCCCUAGAUUGCCCUCCCCAGACUGAGAGCCCCACACACCAGGACGUACCACCUGCUGAACGGGAGGAAGACGAGGGGUCUCCACAAAUGGAGCAGAGAGCUGUGGAGGAGGAGGAGGAGGAGGAGGAGAGCACAGUAAGAGACAAACUCCUUACAUCUCCGCCUGACGUGGAGAGGGUCGAGGAGGUCUUCACCAAACAGCAGGAGGAGAUGCAGCGAGAAACAGCAGAGGAGGAACAGACGGUGGAGAUGGAUGGACAAACUGGGGGAGAGGUGGUUGUAGAUGGGAGAGAGGCAGUGAAUGAAACGCAGGGCCAGGCAGACUCUCAGCCUCCCGUGAAAGCAGAAAUGCACGAUGGUGCUUCUGCUGCUGCUCUGGAGGUUCCUACUGAGAACUCCAUAGGUCAGCCUCCCCCCCAGAAGGCAGCAGAGGCAGGAGAAACCAGCUGUGCUCCAUGCUCCUGCCAGUCUCUCUUUUUAGACUACAAAGCCCGAGCUCCUUCCCGACGUAGAAAUCGCCCCUGCUCCCUCCCAGUGUCAGAGCUGGAGACUGUAAUCGCGUCAGCCUGCGGCGAGCCGGAAACACCGAGAUCCCACUACAUCCGAAUCCACCACCUCCUUCAUAGCCUCCCCUCAGCCAGAGCUCCCAGCCAGGAAGACGAGCCAACGGGAGAUGGAGAAAUGACUAGCAGCACUGUGAACUGUGACGCAACAUCACCACGCAAGACCUCAAAAGAAGAGGAGGACGGGCAGGAGGAGGAGGAAGAGGAAGAGGAGGACACAACCCAGUCUCCAUCUCAGGUACCAGAGUGUCCCGGGCCCUGCUGCAGGCGCUCUCUGCCACGCAGUCUCUCCAUCGAGCGCCUGUCUGAGCUCAACCAGCUCCUGGAGGGUGACGGAGGAAGAUCGAGUUACGCAGCAGUGAGGAGGAUAUCUCCGUCUGGUCUGGAGAACGAGGAGGGGGAUUCUAGUAAUGGAGGAGGAAGGAGAGUUUGUGAAGGCACCCACAAGCCUCAAGGUGAACACGAGUGUGAGUUCUGUGACACUUCUUGCUACAGCACCUCCUGCUACAGCACCUCCUGCUACAGCACCUCCUGCUACAGCAACUCAGGCUAUGAGGGAAGGGGACGCUUUUGCAGCCAUAACCGCCUCUCUUCAGUGGACAGCAAUCGACUUUCAGGCAGCACCGUGUUCUCCUCUCAGGAUGAAGAUGAGGAUGAGGAGAGCGCCUUUGAGUCUGUACCGGACACUGUCCAGCCUGAGGGCCAGGAUGCAGGAGGAGACAGUAGGACAGGCAGAGGGAGAGAGACCAGGAGAGGAGAGCAGGAGGAGCCAGCCGAGGCUGGGCCGAGUGACAAAAGCAGCAUGGGCUCAGGCUUCUCCCCUCCUGUUGGCCAUGCUCCAGUUCUGCGACCCAGCCAUGACCCAAAUCAUUUUCCUGCUGCCACUGACCAAGCCUUACCUCCAAACUGGGAAGCUCGUAUCGACAGCCAUGGCAGAGUUUUCUACGUGGACCAUGUCAAUCGGACAACUACCUGGCAGAGGCCAAGUCACAGUGGCAAGUGUAGCCAUGGCAUCCCACGCUCAGGCUCAAUGCAGCAGAUGGAGCAGCUCAACAGAAGGUACCAGAGCAUCCAGAGGACCAUGGCUACAGAGGAGGAUGGGGGAGGGCAUGGCUCAGACAGUGACCCUGAGCCUACCCACUCAGGGCCCGCCUCCCCUGUCAAUCACCAAAAGGUCACCAAUCUUCUCCAGUCACCUGCUGUCAAGUUCAUCACACACCCAGAAUUUUUCACUGUGUUGCACAGCAACUAUGCAGCCUACCGCAUGUUCACCAGCAGCAGUUGUGUGAAGCACAUGAUCUUGAAAGUGCGUCGUGAUGCCAGGAACUUUGAACGCUACCAACAUAACAGAGAUCUGGUCAUUUUUCUCAAUAAGUUUGCAGACACACAGUUGGAGCUGCCCAGAGGCUGGGAAAUUAAAACGGAUCCUCAGGGAAAGUCUUUUUUUGUAGAUCACAAUAGUCGAGCCACGACCUUUAUCGACCCUCGGAUUCCGCUGCAGAAUGGCCGGCUUCCCGGCCACCUGGCCCACCGCCAGCAUCUGCAGAGGCUACGCAGCUACAGCGCUGGGGAGGCCUCCGAAGUAUCCAGGAGUCGGGGAGCUUCUCUAUUGGCUCGACCUGGAAACAGCCUCGUGGCAGCCAUUCGAAGCCAGUAUCACACUGACCCACAGCAGCUUACUGCUCUGUCCUAUAAUGACAAGAUUGUGGGGUUUUUGAGGCAGCCCAACAUAUUUGACAUGUUGCUGGAACGGCAGCCCAGCUUGAGCAAAAACCACAAUCUGAGAGAGAAAAUUCACUACAUUCGGACUGAAGGUACUCAAGGAGUGGAGAAGCUGUCAUGUGAUGCAGACCUGGUCAUCCUGUUAAGCUUGUUUGAAGAGGAAAUCAUGUCUUACAUUCCUCUUCACCCCAUUCACCCGUGCUUCAGCUUCUCUCCCCGCUGCUCGCCGGCCUCAUCACCACAGAACUCUCCUGGCCUGCAGAGAGCCAGGGCACCGGCACCUUACCGCAGAGACUUUGAAGCCAAGCUGAGAAACUUCUACAGAAAAUUAGAAGCUAAGGGAUAUGGCCAGGGUCCUGGCAAGAUCAAACUGCUAAUCAGGAGAGAACAUCUGCUGGAGGGAACCUUCAACCAGGUGAUGGCAUAUUCUCGCAAAGAGCUGCAGAGGAACAAACUUUACAUCACUUUUCUCGGGGAGGAAGGGUUAGAUUACAGUGGUCCAUCCAGGGAGUUCUUCUUCCUACUGUCCCAGGAGCUCUUUAAUCCCUACUAUGGUCUCUUUGAAUACUCUGCAAACGACACAUACACUGUUCAGAUCAGCCCCAUGUCCGCAUUUGUUGAAAACCAUCUGGAAUGGUUCCGGUUCAGUGGUCGUAUUCUAGGACUGGCUCUGAUUCACCAGUACUUACUGGAUGCCUUCUUCACUAGACCUUUCUACAAGGCGCUGCUCAGGCUGUCAACGGACCUGUCUGAUCUGGAGUACCUGGAUGAAGAGUUCCAUCAGUCUCUACAGUGGAUGAAAGACAACGACAUCACCGACAUACUGGACCUCACCUUCACUGUGAAUGAGGAGGUCUUUGGCCAGGUGACAGAGCGGGAGCUGAAGUCAGGAGGUUCCCACCUUCAGGUGACAGAGAAGAACAAGAAGGAUUACAUUGAGCGAAUGGCUAAAUGGAGAGUGGAGAGAGGGGUGGUGCAGCAGACGGAGGCGCUGGUCAGAGGCUUCUACGAGGUGGUGGACUCCAGGCUGGUGUCGGUGUUUGAUGCACGGGAACUGGAGCUGGUAAUUGCUGGGACAGUAGAGAUUGAUCUCAUAGACUGGAGGAGCAACACAGAAUACAGAGGAGGUUACCACGAUGGCCACAUAGUGAUGCGCUGGUUUUGGGCAGCUGUGGAGAGGUUCACCAACGAGCAGCGUCUUCGUCUGCUACAGUUUGUCACUGGGACAUCCAGCGUUCCUUAUGAAGGUUUCGCAGCCCUGCGGGGGUCUAAUGGCCUUAGACGCUUCUGCAUUGAGAAAUGGGGCAAAGUCACAUCACUACCCAGGGCUCACACCUGUUUUAACCGCCUUGACCUGCCUCCAUACCCGUCAUACACCAUGUUGUAUGACAAGUUGCUGAUCGCUGUGGAGGAAACCAGUACCUUCGGCCUGGAGUGAGAGACAAACCAAACCCCUCUCUGCAGCCCGCUGACUGGGCCUGAAGGUGGAAGGAAAGUAGCCUCGGUUGGCUCGGUAGUUCAUCAAGAUGUGUGAAGACUACUGGUCCCAUUCUGGCAAUCCAGUCAGUUACUGUUCAGGUUUCAGUGCCAGUCCCUCACUUAGCUAUAAGUCCCUAAUAAAGCACCCAGAUGGUACAGCAUCAGGAAAACAGAUGUUUGACAUUCCUGAUAGAAUGUGUGAAGCACUCUGUUGGCUGUUUGUAACAGAUCCAGGAUUAAAAUGAAAGUUUAGUGAAUUGACCUCCUAUUUCCAUACUCAAAGCUCUAAGAGAUGAGGUUAGAUCAUCUCACUGAUAGUUUUAACUGUCAACAAACACAGUAUAUGUCCAGAAAUUAAAUAAGAGAUUAAAAAGAUUAUUUCUACUGAAAACCUGCACACAAUUUUAUUUAUUGAAGAGGAGAAAUAGGAAAAUAUCCCAGAUUAGGGAUUUUCACAAGCUAAUAUUUUAUAUGAAAUCCAAUUUAAAUGCUUGAAUAGACAAAAUUCUCAGGUGGACUGAAGUCCAUUAUUUCAAUUGCCACAUGCGGUGGAAUAGUGAGAUGUAUUUAAUCAUUUAACCCAGAAAGACUCACGUGUGUUUGGGUGAUUGAUUCAAUCAAAUUAGAGGCAACAGUUCAUCACCAUAAACACAAGUAGAGUAGAGACCAGACUUAUGAGCCCAGAAAACAAAGAACUUACCAUUCCGCAUAGAACAGAUCUCCAGGAUCAGGCCAGGACACAACCUAAUCCAAGUCCUGAAGAGUCUCUGGUUCUGCUUUCCGUAUUUAAACGAUAAAUAAUAAAUUACCAGGGGCCUCCUUUAUAAAGCUUGCUCAUGCACAAAGGUCUGAAAACUGCACAGGUGACUUUCAAUCAAUCAAAGCUUUAUUUAUAAGGCGCCUUCCGCAACCCUAUCGGGAAGCCCAAGGCGCUGAACAUGGUACAAGAGAAAGUUAAAUAUGGUGAAUAAAUCGAAAAUAAAAGCAAUUCAAAUUACAAAUUACAAAAAAAGGUAAAACAUUCUAGUAGAAGACAAAUGGGUAAAACAAGGGAUAGAGUGAACCAAUGAAAACAGGGAAAUAAAAUCAACAUACAAGAGGGCCAAAUUCAAACACAUUCAGGAAACGCCAAGCGGAGGAGUUGGGUUUUUAGGUGACUCUUUCAACGCAAAUCUUUAAAAAAAAAACGUAAUGGGAAAAUGUGGCAACUUUAAACAAACUUUGGACCUUGUGUAAGAACAUUUAAGAGAUUUAUAGACCCUCACACACACACGCACACACACACACACACGCACAAAAUCAACAAGCCCCCUAAUAAAAUGAUAUCUGUAAUUAAAAUAUAUUGUUCUUACAAUAUCUUGUUAUUUAUAUUACAUUUAUGUGUCUUCAAGUUACUUGGUGCAUUAGUUGUGUGGCGUGCGACAGCAUGCCUAGUGUGAGUCAAGCUAUAAUUUAAAACUGUGCACCGAAGCAAACCGGGGCGCAGGUGAACCCGCACCUGGUGUGUUCCAGGCAUUAGGCUCCGUCGGACCACUUCCUCUUUACGUCGGCUGUGAUUGCGCCGCUGCAACAGGACAGCAAUAAAACAUUUCCGUGCCCAAGUCACGCCACAGAGCCUCAAUUUUCAUCAUGGUCGACAUGGUAACCUGAAACCUCCAAUAAGCAGGUUCAGAAUCUUCAUAAUGCAGUUUGCAUGUAGUGGCUGUGCAGGAUGCGGAGACACCUGAGCACAUUUCUAGGACAGGUGAGGCUUCUAAAGCAGGAACUGCUGCAGCCGAGCGUGAGCUGUGUUUUAUAGGCUGGGAGGGUAGUUUGCUUUUUCUGAGCUUACGUUGUUAGGUAUUUUCAUUUUCCCAUCCAGGGUUACCUGAGGGAAAGUUCAACACGCAGGCGUGAUAUUACUAAGCCGAUCGAUUAACCCACACCAAUCUUUACCAAUAAACUAUUUAGACCAGGGGUGUCAAAAUCAUUUUAGCUCAGGGGCCACAUUGAGGGAAAUCUAGUCCCAAGUGGGCCGGACCGGUAAAUAAAAUAAAAAAAACUUCUGAUUGUUUUCUUUGUUUUAAUACAAUCAAUAUAAAACAAGGCUGGAGCCUGAGGACAGUGUAGUACAAGUACAACACCUGAAGUGUACUUGAAAAUUUGAAAAAAAAAAAAAAAAUCAAUCAAUAAAAAAAACAUUCCUUAGUAAUUCAAAGAGCUUACAGAUCA